GGAUCGUAAUUAUGGUUAGGGAAGGGAAGGCGGGUCGGUAGGAAGGGGUGUGGCUACCUCGAAACUCUUCCCUUGGGGACCAUCCUGUAUUGCCGCCGCAAUGCACAUGUAAAGAUCCGUGUCGGCAUCCAUGGCGGUGGUCACGAAGGAGGUGGGUUGGCCUGGUAAUACCUAGCCCUAUUGUCGCUGGUGGGUGCUUGGGUGCAGAAAGGGUCGACCUGCCCUAAAGUGCACGUGGUCCGGAAAUAUGCGGACGUUGAUUUGCAGUGGACACGCUCUCAUCGCAUCCGCUGAACACCGAGAAUCUCUCUUGUCUCGUCAUGUUGCGAAGGCUACCACCGUCAUUCCCGCGAUGCUUCGAACCGAAAAUUGGCUACAAGGUUCUAUUAAAUAAAUUCCCUCCCACCAGGGUCUUUUUUUUUUUUACCGUCACGCAUACAUCCUUCUGUGGCUUUAGGCUCAUUAAAUUGGGUUGCAAUGGUGGCGCAAAAAAAUGGCUCUUCGCUAGCAAUCUACGCGUUGUCCUCCGCUGUUGUGACCGGGUAACGUUGGAUACACCCUGCUUGGCUGCAAUAACGGCGCUACGCGAGCCCUGGCCUUCUAACUGCACUUGGCCUUUGCUUGGUUAUUCGAGCAUGGGAUUUUUAUAUAUCUCGGUGCUGACGUUAACUAGCGACAACAUCGACGGACGUAGUCGCCGAACAUUAGGACCCUCGGACAUAUCAGAUCUGCGAAGUUGGAAGCUUUGGGGUGCUAUUUUCUUGCUCCUGCAGCACUGUCUGUCCUCAUAGCAAGUCAGAAAUCCUUAUACUUGGUUUCCAGUUGCCUGCGGAAACACUACACUGGGAGAAACCGUGCGGCAUUAAGUCUGGGCUUCCCCAUCUUUGU